AUUAUUUAUAAAAUAUAAGUUUUAACCUAGCUUAUAUUAUUUUAACAAUUAGGAUAAAUACCUAAAAAUGGUGAUAUCGGACACUGCGUGCAUCGAUAACACGGUCUUUCGACUCCAUUAUAAGGCAACGAUCAUCGGCUUAACAGUUGCCGCCAUAAUCGUCUCGUCCCUACACUUGUUUGGGUAUACUAUACACUGUAUGGGUAAGGAUGACAUACCCGGGGAUGUAAUGAAUGCCCAAUGUUGGCUUAGGUCCACGUUUAAGUUGCCUGUUGAUAUUAAUAAUCAGCUCAAUAAUCGAAAAUUGCCAGACAAUACCUACAAAUCGUACUAUCAGUGGGUGUGGCUAUUAUUGUUUGUGCAGGCUAUUUUGUUUUACAUACCACGUUUUAUAUGGCGAAUGUGGGAAGGUGGUUUGUGUAGUAAAUUAACCACGGGCCUCGACGAUCCACUAAUUAAAGAUGUUGAUAAGCAAGAUAAAAUUGCGCGAUUAGUCAAAUACAUUUAUUCUCAUAUGAACAAGCACAAUAUUUACUUUAUUGGCUAUGUAAUAUGCGAAGUACUAAAUUUUGUGAAUGUGGUUGGUCAGUUAGUUUUUAUUGAUAAGUUUAUGGGCAAAACUGGUUUUAAAAUGUUCAAGAACACCUUGAUGGAUCAGGAAAUGAGGGAUGAUACAUUAAUCUCUGUGUUUCCAAGAACAAUUCGUUGUAUAUUUCAUAAGUUGGGAGUUUCUGGUGACGUUCAAAAGCAUUCCUUACUUUGUGUACUGCCCCUGAACUCGGUCAGUGAAAGAAUUUAUAUUGCUUUAUGGUUGUGGUUGGUGAUUUUAGUCGUUAUUUCUGGGAUCACUCUAAUCUACCGGUGCUUUACCCUAAUUUUACCGAAAAUACGUGUAACUAUUAUGAAAUACAAGGUCGAUUUCGAUGACCCGACACUUUUGAGACACGUUUAUCUAGGAAUAUUAUUGGAAAUCAACAAGGCAACGAUCAUCGGCUUAACCGUUGCCGCCAUAAUCGUCUCGUCCGUACACUUCUUUGGGGAUACCAUACACUGUAUGGACCGGGAUGACACACCCAGGGACGUAUUGAAUGCCCAAUGUUGGCUUAGGUCAACGUUUAAGUUAAAUAUUCAUAUCAAUAACAUGGUCACUGAUCGAAACUUGCCAGACAAUACUUACCAAUCGUACUAUCAGUGGGUGUGGCUAUUAUUGUUUGUGCAAGCUAUUUUCUUUUACACACCACGUUUUUUAUGGCGAAAGUGGGAAGGUGGUUUAUGUAAUAAAUUAACCUCGGGUCUCGACGAUCCAUUAAUUAAAGCUGUUGAUAAGCAGGAUAAAGUUGCGCACUUAGCCAACUACCUUUAUUUACAAAUGAACAAGCACAAUACGUACUUUAUUGGCUAUGUAGUAUGCGAAGCACUAAACUUUGCAAAUGUGGUUUGUCAGUUAUGUUUUAUUGAUAAGUUUAUGGGCAACAAAGGUUUUGAAAUGUUCAAGAACACCUUGAUGGAUCAGGAAAUGAGGGAUGAUACAUUAAUAUCUGUGUUUCCAAGAACAAUUCACUGUACAUUUUAUAAGUAUGGACAUUCUGGUGACGUUCAACGGAAUUCCGUAUUUUGUGUACUGCCCCUGAACUCGGUCAAUGAAAAAAUUUAUAUUAUUAUAUGGUUGUGGUUGCUGAUUUUAGUGGUUAUUUCUGGGAUUACUCUAAUCUACCGGUGCUUUACUGUAAUUGUACCGAAAAUUCGUGUUACUAUUAUGAAAUACAAGGUCGACUUCGAUGACCCGACACAUUUGAAAUACGUGUUAGACAUAUCAAAAGUUGGUGACUGGUUUUUAUUAUACCAAUUAAGCAGGAACAUUACUCAUGAACAUUUUAAAGAAUUGAUGACAGAGUUAUCUAGAAAGAUUAUUGGAAAUCAACAAGGUGUCGGGCGAAUAGCGCCGGAUUUGAAAUUGCGAUUACUUAAAAACUACAAAUGA